GGGCAGCACCCUGUCCUUCACCGUGGCCUUCCAGAUCCUCAAGCCCGGCCUGCAUCGCUCCUUCUCCGUAUUCUCAGUAGAUUAAACCUCGCUAGAAUUGACCUCUUACACAAUACAGUUAUAUCACAUGAACAGCAGUGAGGUUAAUCCACUUGUCACCUUAUAAAUUGAACGGAUAUAAAACAUAAUAACCCACAUGUACUCAUGAGAGAUUGUCUGCAAACCAACACAAUCUUGCGUAAAGUAUCAUCAAAGAAAGUAUAAUCAAAGAGAAAAUGCCUCCACCACAUAUGAGUUAGCAUUAAGAGACAUGCAUGAGCACAAUAACAAUAACUUCUACUCAGACAGUAAGCAUGUAUUCAACUUUCUCAGAACAAUACCACUGUGUGUGUGCUUGUGGAAUACGAUCACAAGGCAGGCAGUGUUGCCUCUAACUGUAGUAUUAACUAGUUAACCUCAACAUAUUAAGGAUAAGUUAAGUGAGAGAAAGAAUGAAAGAGCCUCAUGAAGCCCUCCCUGUCUCUUCCUCUCAUGAUUUAGCUGAGUCAGGUAUAGAGAGGUCUAAAGCUUUAGGGGACAACCUGGAGUCAGCCAAGCAAACAAGGUUCAUCUCAUUGGCGGCAGAAUCUGUAAACUAGUAACACGUGUAUGUUACUUAGAAUGUAGUCCUUUAUGGAUUUUUCUAUACUUAUUUCAAUAAUUUCUUAAUUUAAACCUAUGGUAAAUGUGUCCCAUGAUCACACAGAAAUACAAAUCACAUACAUGUACAUCUGGAGUGUAUAGAAAAGAACAGUUACAAAUUGAGCAGUGAGAAUAAUUAACGUGUUCACAUAUUCCAAUUGUACAGUUUGUAUGUAGAGACAUGAGGAGUGUGCGGCUCUAGGGAAUAGACUGUUCCUCAUUUUGAAUAUAGACGAGUUUCUUCUUCGUUCUUAAAUGUGACCUAAUGUGGUUCUCUGUCACCCCUUCCUCCUCAGCUGAGUCAGCACAUGAAGCUGAAGCUGCAGUUCACCGCCUCAGUGACCAACCCGCCCCCUGAUGCCCGCCCACUCUCACGUGAGAACCAAUCAUCUGAGCUUCUGCUCUGAGUAUUUGAGCUAGCAUGUGGUAUAUACUGAUCAGAUGUGCUUAUAUAGUCACUCCCAGUGGCUGGCUGGAGGGAAAAGAUGGCAGGGGUAGCUUCCUCGAUUGUGCAAAUGUUACGUGGGGCGGGGGGGGGGGAUAAACAUUUCACUCACUAACAUCUGAAGGAUGGCUAUGUUAUUUCUGACAGAUGACACUGAAACGACACCUGUUCAAUCGUACGUAGAGCACCUUUAAGUCGGCUUUCUAAAACAAUCUGCCAUCAGACACAAAAAUGUGGUUAUGUCUCGUACUGAUGAGGUUUUUAAUUCUUAUUAUGGAGUGGGGAGGUUAUGGAUAUGCGGAUGCCCUUUCAGUGUAUCACAUGUAUAUCUGUAAAUAUAUUCCAUGCGUAUAGUAAGAAGUAAGCGUGUGACGGAUGGAUCGACCACCGGGCCUCACUGAGCAUUAAUGCUGAGGACUAAACCCAGAUGGAAUUGGAGACGGCAACACUCCCUCUCCUCCCUGCUCUCUGGUCAAAGAAGCCAUCUCUUUUACACACGUCAGCGGACUCCUCGGCUCAGUCUUCGUGGGGCUUUAGGCCGCGGUCGAGGCGCAGACAGCUGCGGGCUGACGGGACCUUGGAGGGCCUCAGACCGUUGUUCCUCUUGCAGGCCCUUUGGGUGGAGGCGCUGUAUAUCUGACGGUGUGUCCUUCCUCCCAGCUCUAGGGAAGAACAGCCCCUCCAGCCCGGCGGUGAGGGACCUGCUGGACCGCCACCAGGCCAGCCUGGGCCGCUCGCAGUCCUUCUCCCACCAGCAGCCGUCCCGCUCACACAUCAUGAGGACGGGCAGUGCCAUGGAGCGGCGCGCUAUAACCCCUCCUGUGGGCUCCCCCGUGGGGAGACCGCUGUACCUGCCCCCCCCAGACAAGGCGCUGCUCUCCCUGGACAAGAUCGCCAAGAGAGAGUGCAAGGUCCUGGUGCUGGAGCCCAUCUGCUGAGAGACGGACGGGGGGAGGAGGAGAGAGCUGGAGCGAGAGAGAGAGACCGGGAAACAGGAGGUAAACAGGAAGUAGAUUGAGUGACCGAAGGCAAAAUAGCAAAAUACAUGUCAUCAAGUACAAAGUGUACACAAGUAACUGCUAGGUGGGGAAAAUAGACAAAAGGUCAUAUUGAGUUGGUUUAACACAAGAGAACAGGAGAUGACUUCUGGGGAUUCAGCAAAGUGUUGUUAAACAGGUCAGUCCUUAGCUAAAGACUGUCCAAUGGGACAGUCCUUAACUAAAGACUGUUCAACGGGACAGUCCUUAACUAAAGACAGUUCAACGGGACAGUCCUUAACUAAAGAUCAUCCAACAGGACAGUCCUUAACUAAAGACCGUCCAACAGGACAGUCCUUAACUAAAGAUCUUUUCAACAGGACAGUCCUUAACUAAAGACAAAGGCUGUGUCUCAAUGGUGAGGAGGCUUCCUAUAACCUCAUGACCCAAAAGGGAAAGUCUUUGUUAGGUAGCUACUUUGUGAAAGUACUUGAAUGAGGCUGCAGAUUAGCAGCGCCUGACAACCCAAAAAGUCACUUUGGCCGUUUGUGUCUAUUUAGUGAAGGUCCAGGUCCCUAUGCCAGCCGUUCAUAUACAGUUCUCUUGAAAUAAUGAAGACACAUUAACCCGACAGACAUGUUCGAUUGGCAAAUAGGUACUCAUUCCUUGACAUGAUAAUUGUGAUAAUUUAAAAGACAAAUUUCUUGUGCCUUAUGGUCUCAUGAGAUAUCCUCCACCGACCAAGUAGCCUUCCCACGCUUCCUUGAAGCUUGCCCUAACUGGGCACCUAGUUAGGAUGUUUCCUCUGCUUCUUACUGUAUUGGAAUAUACGUCGCAACUCAGCAACUCAGACACAGAGAAAGUGUGGGCUACCCUUUCCAAGCUGCUGCUCACCAGCAUGAAGGAGAACCAUCAAGUGAGCUCAGGAGAUUGACCAGUUCCUAACGCUGGUCCCCCCUGAAUCCAGACAUCCCUAGGACAUGAGGAGGCUCUGAGAACACAUUUUAUAGAAGGUGUCUUAAUCGGCCCCAACCCAGAAGACAUCCACUAAUUAGUAGAACACUGUGAUCCACUAAUUAGUAGAACACUGUCAUCCACUAAUUAGUAGAACGCUGUGAUCCACUAAUUAGUAGAACCCUGUCAUCCACUAAUUAGUAGAAUUAGUAUUAUUAACUAAUUAUGAAACACUAUGGAUAGAUUGAAACAGCCAAAUCAAUGUUGAACAUUCAGCAACAAGAGGCAUGAGAUAAGAGGUGUUUUAUUAAUUAAUUGAAUCAUGUAUUUACUUGUAUUAUUAUUUAUAUAUUUAUUUAUAUUAUACUUUAUUUAUUAAUAAACGAUCAUUAUAGAGAACUGCUUAACUUCAUUUUGUGAGAUUUUGUAGGAUUUCUGAAGGUGAGCUGAGGGUUUAAAUGGGCGCCUUUUACAACCUUUGAUGUCUUUCAGAAAGUAUUGAGAGUAACAUACAUGGUGAACGACAUGCUUGUGUUACAGAUGUAUUAUUUAGCUGGAGUUGACUCUCUGAAGCUCUCGUGUACUGCCCAUGAGAGCUGACCCCCCCCCUUACUGGCAUCCUAACGUAAUUGACAUUUUAUGACAAUAGGAGGUUAAAGUAUUGUACUUUGUGCAGCAUUCAAUAGUGUUGUAAUCACAUUGUUUUCAGUAAUACCAUUUUUAGACAAAUGUCUGAUCACAUAAAAACAAGUGAAUGAAAGCAGAAUGAAUGCUGAAUGGAGAACUAUCUGUUCAUCUUGUCAAGUUGUAGAUGAUUCAGUUGUAAAUAUACACAUUUCAUUCAAAA